UUCUUUAGGUGAGGGUAUGCUCUUCCUAUCAGGCAUGGCUCUAGUCAACCUACCUCUAAAUUUUAUACCAACUUCAAUUUUGGUGUAUUUUGGUUAUGAUAUUUGGCAAUGGGACAGUGUUCCAUGGGGAAAUUUUUUGAAUUUUGUGUUUCUGACUUUUGUUAUUGACGUGAUUUUACGAGGUAGACAUUUAACCUUAACUUUUAUAAUUGGAGCCAUCUCGUUGAUAACAUCAGCAAUUCUGGCUAAUUUCCACCAACAAUUAGGCUACUUGUUCAAAGGAGAUAAGAGGGAAAAUAGGGGGAAUGAGCAAAAUAUUUAA